AUGUGUCAAAUGGAAGACAACACUGAGCAAAACAAGAAUAACAUUAUAUAUGAACUAGUUGAUGAUGACGGUAAUGAUGGUGAGUAUAAUAUUCAUAAUGAAGAUGAUAUCGUCAAUUCUAAUAAUAUUCCAACCGAAAGAGAUAUUAAGCGUCUAGAUGAAUUAACUGAAAAGGAUGUGUUUGAAAUGACAUUUGAUUCAGAAGAAAACGGAGAAAGAUUUUAUAAUUCGUAUGCUAAGGUGAAAGGCUUUAGUAUUCGAAGGGAUCAAUUGUAUAAGGACAAGAAUAAUAUGGUUAUAUCAAGGAGUUGGGUAUGUUCAAAAGAAAGAUACAGACAAUCCAAAUACCUUGAGGUUGAAGAACGUAAAAGAGAACCAAAACAAUUAACUAGAGUUGGUUGUCGUGCUUGUUUUCGUAUCAAAUACAAUCGGAGUACUUCGAAAUAUGAAGUGAAUGAAUUUUUCAAGGAGCACAAUCAUUCCAUGGUAGGGCCUCUUGGUGUUCAAUUUCUUCGCUCACACCGGAAUGUUACGAGUGCCGACAAAGCACAAGGCAAUGCAAUGCAUCAUGUUGGUAUGAGGACAAGUCACAUUAUGGACUUUGCUGCACAACAAGCAGGUGGCUAUGAGAAUGUUGGGUUCAUACAGAAAGACAUGUACAACCAUUUUGGGACUGAGCGUAGAGCGCAAGUUGUCGAUGGUGACGCAGAAGGUGCUUUAGCCUACUUAUGUGGUAAAGAAGAGCAAGAUCCAAUGUUUUAUUAUAAAUAUGAUGUAGAUGAAGAAAAUCGAUUAAAUAAUUUGUUUUGGACUGAUGGUGGAUCUCGAACAGAUUAUCUGUAUUUUGGUGAUGUGUUGAUGUUUGAUACUAUAUAUCGGACAAAUGCGUACAACGAACCUUUUGUGAUACUGCAAGAUUAUCUGUAUUUUGGUGAUGUGUUGAUGUUUGAUACUACGUAUCGGACAAAUGCGUACAACAAACCUUUUGUGAUACUGCAAGGUGUGAGCAACCACAUUCAAACAACUAUUUUUGGGUGUGCACUGUUAGCUUCCGAGACAGUAGAGACAUACAUAUGGGUGUUAGAGAAAUUUUUUGAUGCGAUGGAUCACAAGAUGCCUCUGUCUGUAAUCAUUGACGAGGAUAAGGCCAUGUGUAGAGCAAUCAAAACAGUUAUGCCUACUGCUCGACAUCGAUUAUGUAAAUGGCAUCUUAAAAUGAAUGCUCUUUCCAAUAUCCACAUAGAGGGAUUUCUUCAUAGCUUUGAAAAAUGCAUGUCAAUGCAAUGUACACAAGAAAUGUUUGAAUUAGAGUGGAAGAACCUUGUAGACAAGUAUGGCCUUCAUAAUAACAAGUGGAUUGCAGAUGUAUAUUGCAAGCAUACUCUAUGGGCUGAAGCAUACCUCCAUGGACAUUUCUUUGCUGGUGCAAAAAGCACGCAAUGUUGUGAGAGUAUGAAUGCAUUUUUGAAUCGAUUCCUAAAGGUGCGCCUAAGGCUCUUUGAAUUUGUAAGGGCAUAUGAUAGAGCACUUGCAAGACUUCGCCAUAACGAAGCUAAGGCACAAUCCGAAACUGAGAAUACCACUCCUAUUCUUUCUACAGGUAUGAAAAGGAUUGAAAAACAUGCAGCUGAUAUAUUUACUCGUGCCAUAUUUUUCAAAUUUCGCGAACAAAUAAAAUCCGAGCAAGUGUUAUUUAUGUCAGGAAAAACUGAUAUAGAAGAUAUUCACGUAUACUAUUUGUCUAUGUAUACACAUCCAGAAUCCACAUGGAAUGUACAAUAUCGGCCAAGUGAUCAUGCCAUGAAAUGUUCUUGUUUGUAUUUUGAAUCAUGUGGAAUACCAUGUUCCCAUAUGGUAUCAAUCAUGAAAAUGGAGCAUUUGAAAGAAAUUCCCUCUAGCUGUAUAUUACAAAGGUGGACAAAAAAUGUCAAGUCUUCCACUUUACUUGGUAAGACCCCUUUUCCAGAAUGGGUUACGCAAACAACACGGUUCGGUGCAUUGUCAAGUGCAUGUACUGAGAUGUGCUAUUAUGCUUCGCACUUAACCAAUGGAUACGAAGAAGCUAGAGAUGCAGUGACAAAGUUAACAUGUCGAAUGAAAGAUUUGUACGUCCAACAUGUUGAAGAAAAUGGAACAAAAGGAAAAGCCAAUGUUAAAGGGACAUGUUUACAUUUUGGUGUUGGUGAUCCUCCCUUUACAAAGACGAAGGGGAGUCGUUCUGUUGCAAAGGAUAAGUUUUCAAAGCCAAGAAAAUGUGGUCAUUGCAGAGGUACUGGUCAUACGAGGAAUAGGUGUCCAAAACUCGAAAAUGAGAAUAUUGAUUCUUUUCCUACACAAGAUACUUAUGUAUCAGGGGCAAGCAUCUUGCACCAAAAAGGUGGUUUCAAUGUCGACCUUACUUUUGCUAAUAGUGACUACAAUAUAAUGGGAUAUGGUUCCAGUGGGCACCCUACUUUUGUACAUACAUGCUCAGAAACUCCUGACAACAUUUAUGGCCAUGUCGUAGGAGGGACAAUUGGCUUGUCAAAGUGA